CAUCCAAUCAGGCUUGGAGAAAAUUCCCAAUCUUGCUGAGCUUCGUACAGAGAACAUAAUUUCGAUGGCUGACUUCGACAGCAACAGAAUCAAACGUUUGCCUACUGGGUCAGUGAAGAUUAAAGCUGAAAUUCUCAACCUAGACUACAAUAUGAUCGAAGAAGUUGAAGACAACGCCUUCGAUGGGGCAGAAAUAGCCGAAAUAAGUUUAAAAGGAAAUCGAAACUUUACUAAAAUUGGAGAAGAAGCUUUCACUGGACUAAAGAAUCUCCGCAAGCUGGAUUUGUCUGAAACAAGUAUUUCUAAACUUCCCAUUAAGGGACUAUCGGAAAUUGAAGUUCUUAAGCUCGUGGACACGUUCAGUCUGAAAGUUUUCCCAUCCGUUUAUCACUUUAAGUACAUCAAAGAAGCUUAUCUUACAUAUCCUUACCAUUGCUGUGCUUUCAAGUUUCCAGCUACCCACGACCCUGAACAGCAUGCCAAUUUGAAAGAGUUUAAUGAAGAGAUGGAGAAGACAUUCUGCGCCAAUGUUACCACGCCCGUUCCUGCUGCUACAUCUACUGUACCUUCCAGUUUUAUAGAGCCGUCAACCGACACCCAACCAAAGCAGGAAGACUUCAUCUAUAAUAUCUAUGGAAAUUUUAAGAAAAUUACUAGUCUUCUUCAGCAUCAGUAUUCGAUGAGGAAGUUGAAUAAAAACUGGAACAUCUACGGGAUCCAGGAUAGAGGAUAUUUUAUAGGAACUAUAGAACCAUUCAAAAAUGCUCAAGUAUACGAAAGAGAAGAAAAAAUUGACUUUGGACACCUUGUUUACUCUCCCUCACCUCAAGAUAAUAGUUCCCAAAGCUGGAACCAGGUGAGAACUCUUGCUUUGGGUCAUGUCCCAGGACCUCACAGGCCACAAUCAGGUUUCGGUAGGCUGGGGGAAAAUGAAGAAAAUCCCCCCCACAAAUUUAUACCAGAUGGAACUUUUCAUGUGAAUACAGCUUCUUUUGAUCCACAGAACCCGGUAAAAUACUAUUGCGGGAAUUUUCCAAAGAACUACCGGGAAGUGAAGUGCUAUCCUGCUCCAGACGCUUUUAACCCGUGUGAAGACGUCAUGGGUAACGUAGGCCUGAGGAUCGCUGUAUGGUUCGUGGUAGUGGCGGCGAUGCUGGGAAACUUGGCAGUUAUGGUCGUCCUGAUGAGCAGCCGUUUUAGUAUGAGCGUUUCCAAAUUUCUUAUGUGUAACCUAGCAACAGCUGACUUCUGCAUGGGGCUCUACUUGUUUAUCAUCGCCGUUGUGGAUUUGCACACUAUAGAGGUGUAUUUCAACUAUGCCAUAGACUGGCAACAUGGAGUCGGGUGUAAUAUAGCUGGUUUUCUAACAGUAUUUGCCAGUGAGCUGUCUAUAUUCACCCUCACGGUCAUCACCCUGGAGAGAUGGUAUGCCAUCACUUAUGCUAUCCAUUUAAACAAACGUUUAAAACUGGGAACAGCCAAGAAGAUUAUGGUAUGUGGGUGGAUAUAUGCCAUCACCAUGGCAACCUUCCCGAUAGUAGGUAUCAGUGGCUACACAAAGACGAGUAUCUGCUUACCCAUGGAGAACAAAGAUGCCGAUGAUCUAGCAUAUUUGAUAACACUACUCUCUAUAAAUGGUUUGGCAUUUCUACUCAUUUGUGCUUGUUACGCCAAAAUGUAUCUGUCAAUUACUCGUCAGCAGUCGAAAGCAACAACUAAUGAUACCACUGUUGCAAAAAGAAUGGCAAUGUUAGUAUUUACUGAUUUUGCAUGCUGGGCACCUAUAGCUUUCUUUGGUCUUACUGCAGUUGCAGGGUACCCUCUCAUUAAUGUUACCAAUUCAAAGAUUCUCUUAGUGUUCUUUUACCCUCUGAAUUCCUGUGCCAAUCCUUUUCUUUACGCCAUCUUGACCAAGCAGUAUCGACGCGACUUUUUUAUACUUAUCAGUCGCUAUGGAUUUUGCACUAAACGAGCAAUGAAAUACAAAAGAACCUAUUCUUGUAACACCCACAAUCGACGAACCUCGUCUAGACUUCACCACCGAGGAUCCCUUCUCACCCAAGUAUCUUUUGAAAAUGCUCGAAACAAAAUCAAACAUAAUCUGGACUACGACGACAGAAUAAAGAGCAUUUCUUCAACUAUCGAUGUUAUGCCCGACUUUAAUCCAAAUUAUCAAAAUGUUCGGCCAGAAGGAAAUGCUCGAAAGGUCAGGAAACUUAGUAUUGUAUGUGAGGGUGGGUUUCUGUCUUCUGAUGACGAAGAAAGUAGCAGUCCAAUGCACAAAGGAUCUCCUCACCCAAUUAAGAACAGCUACACCAAACUGAAUAUUUCAUCCUUAGAACAAGAAGAGAUCUUGAGACGUGCUUUGGGAGAAGAUGUGGGGAGCCUUCAACGAAAGGCUUCUCCCGAUGCUGAGAUGCUACUCUGGUGUAGUCCAAGUUCCUCAUCCCAGGCUGACAUAAAUGGAUACUCAAAAAGUUCUCAACGUACCAUUGACACCGAAAUGUAGUACUCCUCCUCUGGGUUCUGUACUCCCAACGUCCAUUAUUAAUACAUUGUUGUGGAAUAUUGUAAUAGCCCGUUCCAUGGUGCAGUUGUAGACUUUAAACUUAUUAUAAACAUACAUACUGAUCUUGCAAAGUUAAAGAAUGGUCUUAUAAUAUGAUGGAUUAAAAUGUCCUUAUACCAUGAGGAGCAAA